AUGGCUCUAGCCAACCUCACAUCAGCCCCAGAAUUCAUCCUUCUUGGUCUCAUGGAUGGUGCAGACGCCCACCCGCUCUUGUUUCUGCUCUUCCUUAAUGUCUACCUGCUCAACGCCCUGGGCAACCUGAGUAUGGUGGUGCUGGUGAGGACCGACAGUGCCCUGCGCUCCCCCAUGUAUUAUUUUUUGGGUCACCUGAGCGUCGUGGAUGUGUGCUUUACCACCGUCACGGUUCCCCGGCUGCUGGCCGGCUUGCUGCACCCGGGCCAGGCUGUGUCCUUCCAGGCCUGCUUCUCCCAGAUGUUCUUCUUCGUGGCCCUGGGCAUCACUGAGAGCUACCUGUUGGCGGCCAUGUCAUAUGACCGUGCUGUGGCAGUGUGCAGGCCGCUCCACUAUGGUGCCCAGGUGACACCCAGGCGCUGCACGGCGCUGGUGGCGGCGUCCUGGGCUGUGGCGCACCUGCACUCGCUGCUCCACACACUGCUCAUCUCUGCUCUCGCCUACCCGCCCGCCGCCCCUGUGCGCCACUUCUUCUGCGACAUGACUGUGAUGCUGAGCCUGGCCACCUCGGACACAUCCGCAGCACAGACUGCCAUCUUCUCGGAGGGCCUGGCCGUGGUGCUGACCCCGCUGCUCCUUGUGUCCCUGUCUUACUGGCGCAUCCUGGUGGCGGUUCUUGGGGUUCGGUUGGCUGGGGGCCGGCGCCGCGCCUUCUCCACCUGCGGGGCUCACCUGGUAGUGGUGCUGCUAUUUUUUGGAUCUGUCCUCUCUGUCUAUUUCCGGCCAUCGUCUGCCUAUUCGGCCCGCUAUGACCGACUGGCCAGCGUAGUCUAUGCGGUGGUGACCCCGACCUUGAACCCUUACAUAUACAGCCUUCGAAACAAAGAGGUUAAGGGCGCCCUCAAAAGGGGGUUUGGGUGGAAGACUCAAGAGGCAUGA